AUCCUGCCUCUGGAGCUGCAGGGGCUGGCCCUCCCGCCUCCUAUGUGCACAUAAAGAGGGGUAGCGAGGCAAGCUGUUGCGUAUGUGAGCAAGGCAGGACAGUUGCAAUAGGCACAGCUGAAGAAAGGCAAUGCUGGAUCUCAUUAUUCUGAGCCUCCAUUUCUUCAUCUGCUUUCUCAUCUCCUUUGCAAUCUGGCAUGGACCUAAGGAUGUGGAUUUGCACAGCUCAAGCACAGGAACAGUUGAAAUGGAGCCAGAUGGUCUUAUAUUAAUUGGCAAAGAAGAUGAUAUAAAGAAGUCCCAAAGAACAACAGCCAAAGUCAAUGGCAGAGAAGUUGUUGUUUUCUACCAUGAAGGGAAAUUUCAUGCUAUGGACUCCCGCUGCUACCAUGAAGGAGGCCCUUUAUGUCUUGGAGAAAUAGAGGAUAUCAAUGGUCAAGCAUGUAUUGUUUGUCCUUGGCACAAGUAUAAAAUUACUUUGGAAACAGGAGAAGGAUUAUAUGAAGGAAUAAACCCUUUGGAUCCAUCACCAACACCACAAUGGCAGUCAAAAGGAGUCAAACAAAGGAUUCAUAAAGUCACAAUAGACAAUGGAAACAUUUAUGUAAGUCCUCCUGAUUUGUCCGUAAGCUUUGACUCUGAUUAUUUUGCUGACAAGUACAAAAAUGGUGGUGAUUUAGCUAUGGAAAAACAAAGCAACUCACAAGCAGCAGAGUAACUUGUGGCCAGAAAGCAGAAUCUGGGUGAAUGCACUGAUGAAGUACCAUUGUAAUGAAAUAAAAAUGUACUGUGGCCGUGAAGAUUGUCUCCAGAUUACAUUCUAGUGUUAAUGUUAUGUUAAAGCAUUGAAACAUGUAGAAUUAAGAUAAGAAGCUCUGCAUUGUCAGAAAUGUGACUGAUCUUGUGCCAAUGAUUUUUUUUUUUGCACUUGCAUUUCAAAAGGACUAUUUACAGCAGAGUGCUUCAUGAUAUUUGAUAUUUAGAAAUCCUAUUUUGCUAGAUUAUUUUUUUUUUAAUUUUUAGGAGGGAAUGUAGUAUAUCACUGCUUAUAAAACAUAUUACAUAAUUAAAGAUAAAUAGUCAGGUGUAAAGGUUAUAUUUAUGUACUUAACAGUUUAUAAUGACAAUGUCUUUGGUAUAAAUGACAUGAAAAUUUUAAACUUUUUAGAUAUGUGAGCAAUCCUGAAUGUUUAUUAAGUACCACAAAGGGAAGUACAAAACCUAAGCAUAUUUUAGUGAGCUUUUUUUUGUGCCUAUUUGGGUGUUACUACCAUGAGUCCAUGGAAAUAUUUCUUUUCCUUCUCAAUUGAACUCCUUUUGGUAGUUCAUCAAAUGAUGUGAAAAGUAUUUGUCAGGUAUAGUUUAUUCUUCCUGAGUCUGUUGGAUAAGGAAGAAGCUGUUUGGUAUAAAAACCUGAUACAUAA